CAAUAAUCAUCUAGGGUUACAGAGUUUGAGUGAGAAACGGUAUGGGUGGCUGAUGCGGAUGUGGACUGUGUGAGUGCAUGAGCCUCGUGUGGGCUGCCUCCAUCAGUCACCGAGUCUCAGCCCAAUACUCCCCCGCAAGCUGGAGCAUGCAGAUCACGAAUUCUCAGCUUGGAAAGGACAAACCGGAAAAGAUCCGCCCCAAGUCCCUUAGUAAGCAAAUAUGCAAGCUGAAGUUCCGAGCUGACUUUAGCAGGGAGGAAGUGACUAGCUUGAACUCGUUCUCUAACAAAGAGGCAAUCCAUCUCGACCUGCUUGGAACGCUCGUGGAAGACUGGAUUGUUAGAUAUGUGAAGGAAAACUUGUUUGUCACAGUGAAGAGGAGUCGGCCGAACCUAUGGCACGCCAAGCUCACCAAGAAGCCAUUGAAGCCAGAUGAACUCACUGACCGUGCUGGCCAUAGCACGGUAGUCGGCUUCAGCGGCAACCUGGCAAUCACUCGUUGCUGUUUAGCUCUCCAGGAAAUGGGUGCACCACCCAGGGUGAUGAAGUAACCCGUCGUGGAGCGCCGAGUGCUCUGACAUCCUCCUCAGUCUACAUCACAGUAAGCAGUGAGUUGCAAAGAAUUAGACGAAGGGAAAAAAAAUACCUUGACCAGGACUGGAUUUAGGAUAGCGAAGGGUUCGAUAUACAGCAUCCAGGUGCAUCUGACUGGGUGCCUGAACGAAAAGUCGUUUUACUGCAUAGGUAAUGUCCGGGCGAGUGAUCUCGAGAUACAACAACCGACCAACGAGCGGCCGAUAGAGUGAAGGAUCAUGUAAGAUAUCAUCAGUACUACGAGUGAGCUGGUGAUUCUAUUCAAUAGGAAAAGGGCUUGGAUGAGCCCCCAAGGUACCAACGUCCUCCAAUAUGUAAAGAACAUACUUUCUCUGACUAAGAACCAUUCCUGCAGCAACCCGAGCUAUUUCAAUUCCCAAAAUAUAACAAAGCGGACCCAGAUCCUUAAUACUGAACCUGCCAUCGAGAAAAUCCUUGACACGUGAGAUGAACGGGAGAUCAUUCCCUGCCUGAAGAACAUCACCAAUGAGCAUGUUGCCUAGGCCAUCCGACCUAUUCAGUUGAAGUUCGUUGGGCAACUCAUCCUCCGACUUCUAACCGCUCGAUGUCGGCUGCUUCUCACUGUUCUUCAUAACGGAACUAGCAUCGUCGUCACCCAUAAGGAAGCGCCAAGAUCACCGGGAACCAGGCUCUGAUACCAUGUAAUAUUAUGUGGAAGUAUAAACAAGACUUUGAUUUACGUGGUUCUUCCUCACGUUGUGUGAGACUUACAUCCACGGGGAACACUCUAUCUCUUUAUUGAUUGAUUGAUCGAUUUGAUAUAACAACCCUUCUCUUUACACUCAAGGUUACAACCAUCAUCUAGGGUUACAGAGUUUGAGUGAGAGACGUAAUGGGUGGCCAAUGCGGGCGUGGGUUGUGUGAGUGCAUGGGCUGCAUGAGCCUCGUGUGGGCUGCCUCCAUCAGUCACCAAGUCUCGGCCCAAUAGGUCGUGAAGAUGCAAGUAACACAAAAGUCAAUAGUUUGAAGGUUGAUAUCCUUAAUUGACAAUGUAUUCUUAGUUUCUUACUCAACCUCGAUCGAAUCUCCUAUUAAAAGGAUGUGAUUGUA